AUGCCAGAAAAAUAUUUCUUUUCCUUGUUGUUAUUAUUUAAACCUUGGAGAAUACUAGAUGACCUAAAAAUGCAACAUGAGACAUACACAGAAACAUUCAAUGCUGUAAAGGACGAUUUACAAGAAGCGUUUCGCUACGGAAAUUUACGGACUGAAUUACGAAAUAUUUUACAAACAAAUUUUGAAAAGGUAGAAGAAAAAGUAGCAGAACUAAACGAAGAAAGGGAAAACAUAGUAGAUGAGGGACCCGACAAUCCUUUAGAGUUUGAAGCUUUGGAAGCGGUAAAUGCUAUGGAAGAUUUAAACAACUUUGAUUUAGUUGAAGCGGAUAUUUCUGAAAUGUAUGAGCAAGCAAUGAUAGAUGAAGUGCCUAUGAUAUCUAAUGUAACUUUAGCCUACAUAAAUCUUCGUAUAUGCGAAGUGUUUGAUACUUCUGAUGUAGAAGAUGGUUGGUUUGGAAAAAAACAUAUUUUAGUGCUUGGGGAUCUUUUGCAACUUCCACCCGUUAGAGAAAAGUCGCCAUUUGAAAAACUAACCCCUUCAGAAAUUAAGUUCUCCAAACUCCUUAAGUAUUCCAAACUUAUGGGCUGA